UAUGGAGGGCGGAGCCUGGGCGCCGAGAGAGGGAAUUACCGUGAGCCGGUGAGUGGAAGCAGCCGCCGCCUCCCCGGGCAGGCACCCUCCCAACGCCGGAGUCUGCAGCAAGUGUUAAUGAGGGCAUAGUAUGUGCUGACCUUGCUGGAGGCCUGGGAUGCAAAGCUCCACCGGGGCCAUGUCAGAAAGAGAAGAGAGGAGAUUUGUGGAGAUCCCUCGGGAGUCAGUCCGGCUCAUGGCAGAGAGCACAGGGCUGGAGCUGAGUGACGAGGUGGCCGCUUUACUCGCUGAAGAUGUGUGUUACCGUCUCCGAGAGGCCACCCAGAAUAGCUCUCAGUUCAUGAAACACACCAAGAGAAGGAAGCUGACGGUGGAGGACUUCAACAGAGCUCUCAGGUGGAGCAGUGUGGAGGCUGUGUGUGGCUAUGGGUCCCAGGAGGCAUUGCCCUUGCGCCCCGCAAGGGAGGGUGAACUCUACUUUCCAGAGGAUCGAGAAGUGAACCUGGUGGAGCUGGCACUGGCCACCAACAUCCCCAAGGGCUGUGCAGAGACAGCUGUCAGAGUUCAUGUCUCCUAUCUGGAUGGCAAAGGAAACCUGGCACCUCAGGGAUCAGUGCCCAGUGCAGUGUCUUCACUGACAGAUGACCUGCUCAAAUACUACCAACAAGUGACCCGGGCUGUACUGGGCGAUGACCCCCAGCUGAUGAAGGUUGCUCUCCAGGACCUGCAGACAAACUCCAAGAUUGCAGCACUCCUGCCUUACUUUGUUUAUGUGGUCAGUGGGGUAAAAUCUGUAAGCCACGACCUGGAGCAGCUGCACCGACUACUGCAGGUAGCACGGAGCCUGAUACGGAACCCACACCUGUGCUUGGGGCCCUAUGUCCGAUCCCUGGUGGGCAGCGUGCUUUACUGUGUCUUGGAGCCACUGGCCGCCUCCAUCAACCCUUUGAAUGACCACUGGACUCUGCGAGAUGGGGCUGCCCUUCUACUCAGCCACAUCUUCUGGACUCAUGGAGACCUUGUAAGUGGCCUCUAUCAGCAGAUUCUGCUCUCCCUGCAGAAGGUCCUGACAGACCCUGUUCGGCCUCUCUGUUCUCAUUAUGGGGCAGUGGUAGGACUGCAUGCUCUAGGCUGGAAGGCAGUGGAACGAGUCCUCUACCCACAUCUGCCUACUUACUGGACAAACUUGCAGGCUGUGCUGGAUGACUAUUCCGUAUCUAAUGCCCAGGUCAAAGCAGAUGGGCACAAGGUGUAUGGAGCUAUUCUGGUGGCCGUAGAGCGACUACUAAAGAUGAAAGCUCAGGCAGCAGAGCCCAACCGCGGUGGCCUAGGCCAGAGAGGGUACCGACCUGCGGAGGACCUGCCUUGGGACAGCCUUCUCCUACAAGAGUCUCCCCCAGGGGGCAGCUCCGAAACAGGUUUUGGGUCUGGUCUCCUGCUGCCGUCAGGGGGUGCAGGACCAGAGGACCCUUCUUCCUUGACCCUGGCAGACAUCUACCGUGAGCUAUACUCCUUCUUUGGUGACAGCUUGGCCACCCGCUUUGGCACUGGCCAGCCUGCUCCCACUGCCCCACGACCGCCGGGAGACAAGAAGGAGCCUGCGGCUGCCCCAGAUUCCGUGCGGAAAAUGCCGCAGCUGACUGCCAGCGCGGUGGUCAGCCCUCAGGGUGACGAAAGCCCGUGCAGUGGGACCCUCGCCGCCGCCAACGCCGCCUUGGAGAGCAGGCCGCUGCCCCGUGUACACAGGGCGCGGGGCGCUCCUCGUCAGCAGGGUCCCGGCGUGGGAACGCGAGACGUCUUCCAGAAGAGCCGCUUCGCGCCCCGUGGCGCCCCUCACUUCCGCUUUAUAAUCGCAGGGCGUCAGGCCGGGCGGCGGUGCCGUGGGCGCCUCUUUCAGACUGCUUUUCCUGCACCCUAUGGGCCCAGCCCCGCGUCCCGCUACGUGCAAAAGUUGCCCAUGAUCGGCCGCACUGGUCGCCCGGCCCGCCGCUGGGCGCUCUCAGACUACUCGCUGUACCUGCCUCUGUGAGGCUGGCUGCUGCGCCUCCGAGAAUAAAUCCGCACCUGGAA